AGGUUUAGUUAGACCGCGACCCCCAUUUGUAAGAACUGAAGUUAUAAAGCUCAUCGCGACACAGAGCUCAGAUACGUCGGUACUCUCGCGAUCUAAAGACCGUCGUCAGAAAAUAUCACAGAAAUUUAAUUUUAAUUUUUUUUUUUUUAUUACCUGUGAUGUGCUAGUGCUGCGGUGAUGGCGAGUUUAAUAAAUUCUACUGCUACGCUUAUUGGUGAUGCUUAUGAUUUUUAUUUGUGGACGCUUUCUAUAUCAGAUGAAAGAACAAAAGGAUGGCUCCUUGUGGACUCUCCAGUCCCAACAUUGUUCUACACAAUGAUAUAUCUUCUAAUUGUCUGGGCUGGACCUAAGCUCAUGAAAAAACGGAAAGCGUUUAAGCUCACAUGGCUUUUAGUUCCUUAUAAUUUUGCAAUGACGGCGCUUAACGCUUAUAUUGCUAUCCAACUUUUUGUCGCUUCUUUCAAAUUAAGUUAUAGUUAUGUUUGCCAACCAAUUAGAAAUGUUUGGAAAGCUGAAGAAUUACAGAUUGCAAAUGCAGUGUGGUGGUAUUACUUCAGUAAAUUACUCGAGUUUUGCGAUACAUUUUUCUUCAUAUUACGGAAAAAAGACAAUCAAUUAAGUUUCUUGCAUGUUUAUCAUCAUUCAACAAUGUUCUCAUUAUGGUGGAUCGGCAUUAAAUGGGUGCCUAGCGGGUCUACAUUUUUACCGGCGAUGGUAAACAGCUUUAUCCACGUCCUGAUGUACUCGUACUACGGACUAGCCGCUUUCGGGCCAGAGGUCGCUAAAUAUUUGUGGUGGAAGAAAUAUCUGACGAUACUCCAGCUGAUUCAGUUCACAAGUGCUCUAGUUCUGGGGAUCAAUGGCAUCAGGUCCGGGUGCGACUUCCCGCUUUGGAUGCAGUAUGCACUUGUGUUAUACAUGAUCUCAUUUAUUGUGUUAUUUGGUAACUUUUAUACCAAGGCUUAUAUUGCCAAGGGAAAACAAGCAUAUUCAAACCAUCAAGCUCGAGUAAACGGCCGACAAAAUGGCGUCAACGGAGUUAAAAAAGUUCAAUAAAAAAAAGACAAAUUAAAUAAUAAUAAUAA